CAGCCUGCCCCACUAUCCCCGCGAUCGACCUAUUAUCAUAGAAGAAAUCAAUUAGACUCCGUAGCUCCGGAUUCUACAAUACAGUGAGCAGUUAAGUGCUAAAUACUCAAGAAAGCCCGACGUCACCUUCGAGAUUGUCCUGUCACUUAGCACAUCACCGAUUACACCCUCUCGGCCUCUUUCCAACGAUCUAUACUUAAAAUAGCCCUUGCUUGAUUAGAAGGUAACUGAGGUGUACUGAAGCUCCUCUGAGCCAGUCUAUCUGAACGCGUUCGUCUACUAGAUCUGGCGAUAUGCUAAACUACCUUAUUAGUCACACUAGUUAGGUCCGCUCACUAUCAUGGACGACGAUAUCCCUCCGUUCGCUAUGAUCGAACUUUAUUUUGGAGAUCUCGACGCUGCCCUCACGAUUAUGAGCCGCGGCAAACGCUUUCACGUUUGCAUCACGACUGAAGAUCUUCGCGGGCCCCAAGGCGAGGCGCUAGUACAAACGUUUUCGAACUUCAGAAACAGUAUGGACGACGAUCCACAAGCGAUGGAGGCGUUUGAAGAAUGGAUGUUGAAGCCGUGCAUCUCAUACAUGGACCAUUUUGCGCCAUAUAAACCCCGUGUAGAGCCGCCAUCGCUUGCGGAGUACUUCGCCCCGGAGACAAUCAUCAUCAAAUUGACAAAUGUAGAAGGCCACCUCAAAGCCACGAACUGUCCUGGGGAUCCUUUGUUGACCAAUUCUCUUACGCCGAGAGUGUUGAUAUCCGAUCCGAUGGUAUCAGAAGCCAUCUCCCAAGGCGUACUCUGCAUUUCAGCUUCACAAUUAAGAGCUGUUCUGGAGCCCGACGCACACGAAGCAGACUAUGAUCUAAUCCCCAGCACUGUCCAGAUUAUUGGGGCAGACAUUCGAUUCCAUUUCAAGGGUGCCUUCGAGAAGCACUCUUUUCAGAGGGAACUUGACAUACUACUCCGUUUCAAGAGUGCUUCCUUUCCUGAUGACUUACUUGUCUCAAGAAUUGGCGGGCUUGUAACACAUGAUGAUGGACUUUCCGUCAUGGGUCUACUCGUUGAAUAUAUACACGGUAGUCAGACUUUGGGAGAAGCCGCGGAGGAGGCUUCGAAGGCUGAACGUGAGAAAUGGGCACAACAAUUACGAACCACCGUCAAGCAGCUACAUGACAAAAACAUUACUUGGGGAGAUGUGAAGCCAGACAACGUCCUAAUUGGCCCGAACGGCGACGCUUGGGUGAUUGACUUUGGUGGAGGGUGCGCCGAAGGUUGGGUCGAUCAGGAGCUAGAGGGCACGGUAGAAGGAGAUCUGCAAGGGUUGUCAAGUCUUGAGGUUUUUCUGGGGGUAAGAGCUGCUGGACAUGAAGCAGCUGAAGAAUGAAUGUGCGUGGUCAAUGGUGGCUGCUAUCGCAAUGAGAGACACACGAAUGGCGCAUCUGCAAUCAGAGAAAGCGGAUCAUCUGAGUUGUCAGCUAAGAAUAUGUAUGUAUUCUGGAGCUGUACCAACUCUGGCUACCGUUUCUAGGAUGCACACGCCGUAAAAGUUCUGACAACAGAACCUCGAUAAAUGGCAGAUUGAACAAGAGGGCCU